GGGUUCGAGGAAGAGUCAAAUUAGCAAUGGAGUGAAUCGUGUUCUAGUCAAAACAUUGAAACGUGUGAAGGGAAAACUUAAUUUUUUUCACUUCGUGUGGUUUUAUCGCCAUGUUUCUCUCGUCGGGUCGUUAACCAGCCCGGGCUCGCGUCCUGUGACCGCAGCGUGGUGUCAUCAUGUCGGUUCUGCUGCUGAGGUCGUGUCGGUGGUGUCGCCCGAACCGGGUGGGGGGGCUGGUGGGGGGGAGUCCCAGGAGGCUCCGGGGUCCCGGGAAACUGCGGCUGGACGCGGCCGCGAGAAGAUGCUGCUCCUCGGCUCAGGUUCAGGUUCAGGGGGAGGUGCGGGUCCGGUUUGCCCCCAGUCCCACAGGCUUCUUGCACCUUGGAGGUCUCAGAACCGCUCUCUACAACUACAUCUUCGCAAAGAAAUACGCAGGAGCCUUCGUCCUGCGCCUGGAGGACACGGACCAGAGCCGACUGGUCCCGGGAGCCGCUGAGUCCAUAGAGGACAUGCUGGAGUGGGCUGGUGUUCCUCCAGAUGAGAGUCCUCGUCGAGGCGGGCCGCUCGGUCCAUAUCUGCAGUCUCAGCGAUUGGACCUGUACAGUCAAACGGCCCAGGAGCUCCUGCAGAGCGGUGACGCCUACCACUGCUUCUGCAGCCCACAGAGACUGGAGCUGCUGAGGAAAGAGGCUCUGAGGAGCGGACAGACGCCACGGUACGACAACAGGUGCCGUCACCUCCGGGCCGACCAGGUCCAGGAGAAGCUGGAUCAGGGGACGUCGCAUGUGAUCAGGUUUCGUCUGGAGGCCGGCGUGGAGCCUUUUCAGGAUCUGAUCUUUGGAUGGAAUCGUCAUGAAGUGGCUCAGGUGGAGGGGGACCCUGUGGUGAUCAAAGCCGACGGGUUUCCCACCUAUCACCUGGCGAACAUCGUAGACGAUCAUCACAUGAAGAUCAGCCACGUCCUGCGAGGCUCCGAGUGGCUCAUCUCCACCUCCAAACAUCUCCUCAUGUACCGAGCGCUCGGAUGGACACCGCCCGCCUUUGGACAUCUGCCGCUCCUGAUGAACAAAGACGGCAGCAAACUGUCCAAGAGGCAGGGGGACAUCUUCAUCCAGAGCUACCAGAGGGACGGGAUCCUGCCGGACGCUCUGCUGGAUAUCACCACCAACUGUGGCUCUGGAUUCAACACCAAUCGAAUGGGGCGGAGGAUAGACGAGCUGAUCUCCGAGUUCAAUCCCUCAAAGAUCACAACUCAUUCUGCUCUGUUAGAUCUGGAGAAACUCCCAGAGUUCAACAGAAUCCACUUGCAGCAGCGUAUUGAAGACGAGGAUCAGUGCUCGUUGCUGAUUAGAGAUCUGCAGGAGAAAAUCCAGCAGACGUACACGACAGAGAUCCAGGAGCAAGAUGUCCUGCACGAGGAUUAUAUCAGACGGGUGCUGCAGCUGCGUAAGGGUCACAUAACCUCCCUGCAGGAGCUUGUGAGUCCCAGCUAUUCGUACCUGUGGGUCCGGCCUUCCUUCACCAGCCAGCAGGUGGCAGCACUCACAGCAGAAGCCCCUCACGUUGCCUCAUUGGUGCUGAAAUUAAUAGAAGAGCGAGGGGAGCAGCUGACUCUGGAUCAGCUCAGUAAAGAUCUGAAGCGUUUGUCCAAACAGACCAAAGCAACAAAGUACAGAGACGUGAUGAAGCUCCUGCGUCUGGCUCUCAGCGGACUGCAGCAAGGUCCCAGCGUGGCGGAGAUGAUGGCGUCUUUGGGGCCUGUGGAGAUCAGACAUCGCUUCCAGAAACUGCUGCUGCUCUCAGAGACGAGUUAAGAGACUGGACAAGCUGCCCCCCCCCCCCACAGAAGAACUUGUGUUGAGGACGUGGCCUGUUUGUGUGGAGAGUUAAACAUUUAAUCUCUCCCUGAUUCUACCAAAGCCACAAUCAAAAAUGAACUGCACUCAGCUGGAAUCUGUGAAACAAUACUUGAAUUAUUAUUAUAAAUAUUUGAUAAACACACGGAUCUGCUUGUUUUCUUCGCUGCUGGGAAACUUUUCAGGACCAGGUGGCACCAGUCGCUCUGGGAUGGGAAGUACCUCGGUUUUUUUAAAUGCAAAUUAUCUUGUGGGUUUCUCCAGAGAAAUAUUCUCAAUGAAGUCCAGCUCACAGAUGUGUUGACUCAUUAACUUGUUGGGACUUGUGAGGCUGGUCAAUAACUGUCAUGGUUUUUCUUCUCACUCUUCAAACCUCGGGGUUUUCCUGUGGUACCACCGUCAUCCGCUAACAGAAGCAAAACAACUACACAUCAAGAAUAAAGCAACUAUUUAGAGACACAAACCAGCCACAUUGUCAUGAAGAAAGAAGCAGAAGAGCUUCAAAGAUACACAAAGCAACUUCAAAUAAACACAAAACAACCUCAAAUAGACACAAAAUCACCAAAAGAAACAAAAUGACCCUGAGGAGAGAUGCAUAAUGGCUGGAAAGACACAACACAACCACAAAGAUAUGCAGAGCUACCAGAAGGACUUGAACAUAAAGAGAUGCUAACUGAUCACAGAGAGUCUAAAUAAUUACCAGGAGACACAAAACCAUCAAAUAGAAACAAAAUGACCAUAAGGAAAGAUGCAAAGCUGCAUUAAAGAAACACAAACCACACACAAAGAUGCACACGAGAAACAAAAUGACCACGAAGAGCCGCAAAACUACCACAAAGAAACAGAAUGAAGAUAGAGAAGCAGGAUAUGUGGGGACAUUUAACCGUUUUGUGUUAGUGACACAUUAAAGUCUUCAUCCCUCCAUAAUACAAAUACACUUAUUACAGCGGUUACUGGUUCAUAUGGACACUUAUACUAUAGAUUCUGUGUAGACGUAGUGUAUGAGUGUGUGUUUGGAGGGGUUGUGUUAGUUAUAACUCUUCAUAAUAAAAAACAGGAUAAAUAUACUUCUUACUGUAGUUUCUGUCGAGCUGUAGUGUGUGUGUGGCUGUGGGGGUUUGUGUUGAUAUAUAUAUAAUAAAUGUUGUAGUUUCUGGUUCA